UAAAUUUUUUAGUAUACUUAUUAAUCUCAGUUGAGAGAAAGAUACUAAAAUUUCCUUUUUCUUCCCCGUUUUCAGGCCAAAGGCAGGAUUGUGGUGAUGCCAGGAGGUGGCAUAACAGAUAAAAAUCUGCAAAGGAUCCUUGAGGGUUCAGGUGCUACAGAAUUCCACUGUUCUGCUCGGUCUUCUAGAGACUCAGGAAUGAAGUUUCGAAAUUCCUCUGUUGCAAUGGGAGCUUCACUUGCUCAUUCAGAAUAUUCUCUAAAGGUAACAGACGUGACAAAAGUAAGGACUUUGAAUGCUAUUGCAAAGGAUGCCCUAGUUUAGUAAGGCUCCUCUGAGAGACAUGGCUAUCAGAGUGCAGGCAGAAUUAGAACCUUCAGUUCUCCACGUGACCAUGGAGUACCUUUCUAAGAAGGAAGAGGAAUUGGAACGGCAAUGCACUCAUUUCCUUUGCUAGUCAUUUCUGUCAUCGUGGCUAAAUUUGGUCUGUGCUUCUUCCUUGGAGAGAGGCUUAGUCAGUUUUCAGUGGAAUUAACUGAUAAACUGGCAAAGUUCAACUACAAGGUAUGAAAUCAGAGUUUGGGUUAGGAUCAAUUAGUACCACUUUUUUGCCUUUUCAUUUGUAAAAUAAAAAUUCUUAUUCUAUUGUG